AUGGUUGAUCUUCUUCAACAUUUUCAUAUGGACUCUUGUGCCCCUUAUAGUACUCCUGUUGGGUCUUCUAAGUCCUCCUUACCCUCAGAUGCAGAUCCUUUUCUCGAUGUCACUAUGUACCGUAACAUGGUUGAUAGUCUUCAAUAUCUCACCCUCACCCGGUCGGACAUUGUGUUCGCUAUCAAUCAGGUAGCUGACGUCGCCACUCUUCGCUCUGUAUCUGGCGGUUGUGUGUUCUUGGGUCGUAAUCUCAUAUGUUGGGCUGCCAAGAAGCAAACUGCCGUAUCUCACUCCAGUGCAGAAUCUGAGUACCGUGCUCUUGCUCAUAUAACUGCCGAUGUUCGUUGGUUUUGUUUCCUUCUUCGUGAUCUUGGUAUUCCGCUGUACUCAUCUCCCUUUUUGCUUUGUGGCAACUAA